CACACACACACAAUCACACAUACACACACACAGAAAAAUAUUUCAAGUGCAAAUAAUUUGGCGAUCGCAGUGAACACAGAUUUUUCCCAGUGUGUUUUUUUUCACAUUUUUUUCUCUUAUUUUGGUGUGUGUUUGGACAUUUUUGGCAUAUUUGCAACUUUAGUUGCUAAACUGUUUUGAAACUAUUUUGCCUGCUGCGCUUGGCGGCACAGUGAAAAAAAAAAGCAGACUCUAAGGAUUGGCUGGCCUCAAGGAGAGGUGGUAGGAGAAAGUUACCAGUGGCAACCAGUUGGAGAAAGCUUUGUUGGUUCAAUAAAAGUCGCAGUGCCCGAAAUAUCAAACAAGUGACUGGCAGCUAAGCAACGGCUGGCAAUGCGCGGUCAUGUCAGGAUGUACGGGGGCGGUGGGGAUGCCUCAACAAUGUAUUAUGGAUGCGCCGGACCGGUGAGCGAUUGGACGCAGCGCAUUGCCAGUCUGCAGCCGACAAUCGACAGGAGUGUUGCCACAAUGUACGGUCGUCUGCCAGCCACAGUUGGCACUGGUGCGGCCGGGGGUGGUGCAGGUGGUGGUGGAGCUGGUGGUGCUGGUGGUAAUCAGCAGUGUCAUGACCGGGUAAAAAUUGGCUUCUGCACGGAUUUGGACAAAUCGGUGCUGGUGAACAAUUUUGAGAAGCGUGGCUGGCAUCAGGUAAAUGGCGACGAUGACUGGCAUUUCUAUUGGGCUGGCGUGCAGACGUGUCGGAAUAUCUUUAGUGUGGACAGCGGUUAUCGGAUGCACGACAAUCAGAUGAUCAAUCAUUUUCCCAAUCACUAUGAGCUCUCGCGCAAGGAUCUGCUCGUCAAGAAUAUCAAACGCUAUCGCAAGGAUCUCGAACGGGAUGGUAAUCCUCUGGCCGAAAAAACUGAGUCAAAUAACUCGAGCGGCACUCGCUAUCUUUAUCUGGAUUUUGUGCCAACGACUUUUGUGCUGCCAGCGGAUUAUAAUAUGUUUGUGGAGGAGUAUCGCAAAUUUCCGCUGAGCACUUGGAUUAUGAAGCCGUGCGGCAAAUCGCAGGGCGCUGGCAUCUUUCUCAUCAACAAGCUGUCCAAGCUGAAGAAAUGGUCGCGUGAGGCCAAGGGGCCUUUUCAUCCACAAAUCGCCAAGGAAUCGUAUGUUAUAUCCAGAUAUAUCGAUAAUCCGCUGCUGAUCGGUGGCAAAAAGUUCGAUUUGCGCCUGUAUGUGCUUGUCGCCUCCUUUCGUCCCCUGAAAGCAUAUCUCUUCAAGCAGGGAUUCUGUCGUUUUUGUACAGUGAAAUACGAUACGAGUGUGACGGAGCUGGACAACAUGUAUGUCCAUCUGACCAAUGUGAGUGUGCAGAAACAUGGAGGGGAGUAUAAUACCCUGCAUGGCGGCAAGUGGUCGGUGCAGAAUUUGGCACUGUAUUUGGAGGGUACCCGUGGCAAGGAGGUCACCGAUCGACUCUUUGGCGCCAUCUCCUGGCUGAUUGUACACUCGCUGCGUGCUGUAGCGCCCGUGAUGGCCAGCGAUAGGCACUGCUUUGAGUGUUAUGGCUAUGACAUCAUCAUUGAUAAUGCUCUGAAGCCCUGGCUGGUGGAGGUGAAUGCCUCCCCAUCCCUGACCUCCACAACAGUGAAUGAUCGCAUACUCAAGUAUAAAUUGAUUGACAACAUUCUGUCGGUGGUGCUGCCUCCGGAUGGUUUGCCAGAUGUCCGCUGGAAUAAGAUACCCAGCGCUGAUGCCUUGGGCAACUUUGAGCUGCUGAUCGACGAAGAGCUGGCGGCUCAGGAUGAGGCACAGAACAACAGCAGCUCAUCUUCGCAUGUGAAGUCUUCAAAACUCAGCAGUCGCUGGAAGUGACGAAGGUAAUCAUCAAGCAGCUCACCCGUGUGUUUUAAAAAACAACCUAACCCAUAUCUAUGUGCUAAUUUUUGGAAAGAAUUUGUACAUAAAUUCGAAUUUGGGCUUACUGAACCUGAACCACAGAUAUUCCCCAAAAAAUUCAGUCAAUCACAAUCUGGUUGAAAUAAAGAUUAAUUCAUUAUUUAUAUACUUAAUGUCAACUAAAAUCA